AUGCAAUUUUUGGGGCAAUGGCACCAUCAGAUCUACAUCCUACGCAAAGAUCUCUUAGUCCAGAAAGGCACAACGUACUCAAAACAUUUCUGUUCCACAGCCGUCUGCUGUCCUUCCCGGGCCAAUAUCUGGACUGGCCGUAUGCCGCACAACACAAACGUCACUGACGUCGGCUUACCUUAUGGUGGAUACCCAAAGGUGGUAGAGGCAGGGUGGAACGACAAUUACCUGCCGAUCUGGAUGCAAGAGGCCGGAUAUGACACCUACUAUGUCGGGAAACUGUGGAAUUCACACACUCCAGACAACUACAAUAAGCCCUAUGCGAAGGGGUUUAACGGGUCUGAGUUUCUAUUGGAUCCAUUUACAUAUCGCUACUAUAAUGCAAAAAUGACGCGCAAUGGAGCGGAGCCGGUCGAUUACUCCGGCCAAUAUGUGACAGAUGUGCUCACAGAGAAAGCAAUUGGCUUCCUGAAUGAGACUCUGAAGAACCCAGAUCGUCCUUGGAUGCUGACCGUGGCCCCGAACGCCCCCCAUUCUAAUGGUUCGGCCACGGCGGAUGGUACGCAUUGGUUUGGGGAGCCAGAAUACGCGCCCCGCCAUGCAAACCUCUUCAAGGACUACAAAGUCCCUAGAGACAAGAGUUUUAACACAGUCAUUGAAGGUGCAGUCGGCUGGGUCAAGGAUAUAUCACAACUAAGCCAGAAGGAAGUGGACUAUAUUGAUGAGUUCCAGCGUUGUCGUCUUCGGGCACUUCAGGCUGUGGAUGAGAUGGUCGACCGACUUAUCUCCAGACUUGAUGAGGCUGGUGUCCUUGACAAUACGUAUAUCUUCUUCUCUACCGACAACGGAUACCACCUCGGCCAACACGCUUUUCGGCCAGGAAAAAACUGUGGAUACGAGACGGAUAUUAAUGUUCCACUCAUUGUGCGAGGUCCCGGAGUUCCCAAGGGAACAGUCGAUUCUGCCACCAGCCACACAGACCUUGCGCCUACGUUCCUUGCAAUAGCCGGCGCCCCUAACCGAGACGGUCUGGACGGUAAAACCGUUCUCAACUUGGACGGAGGGAAUGCAACCCAAAAGACCGAGCACGUGGCUAUAGAGUAUUGGGGCCUGGCGGUGCCGGAAGGCAUUUACGGAUACAUAAGCAACCAAACAGGCCAGGCCGAUAAUGCUUACGAAGGGAAUACGUACAAGGGACUGCGAUUGGUCUCAGAUGACUACAGCCUGUACUAUGCUGUGUGGUGCAACAACGAAAAGGAGUUCUAUAAUCUUAAGCUGCUCACACACGCACAGGAUGAUCCUUACCAAACAGUCAAUCUGGCUGCAGAUAUUUCAAAACAUGAGUCCUACCGCAUCGCCAACAGACCUCUACCUCAGAUAUUCCAGCGAGCAAAUGCCCUCAUGAUGGUGCUAAAGUCCUGUACUGGGGAUUCAUGCCGUCAUCCUUGGGUCCAGCUGCAUCCCAACGGCGACGUGCACAGUCUCGCCGAUGCUCUCGACAAGUCCUACGACACGUUCUAUGCAAAUCAGCCCAGGGUUUCCUUCUCUGAAUGCAGCCUCGGAUACCAUCUCUGGGCUGAAGGACCGCAAAAGUUCAACGUUUACAAGAAGGGCAGCCGCGAUGUUAACGAUGGCCAAGUUGGUGAUGAGGACUCGUCAACCUCCGCUUUGAACCUUUCGGACAUGUAG